GUAAAAGAUUGUCAUUUAUUUAAAAUGACGAAAACUGUGAGUCCUAAAAAUACAGAACGAAAUUGGCUGGGAGACAUACCCGCAUCUUGACUAGAAAUGCAAAAUAUAAAAGAAUUACACAACAGCGUUCUCCCAGCCACAAUAGUGUUACCUAAAACAAACGCGAUAAUGCAAUAACAAUACAAUAUGAAUCUUUACUGGAAACAAAAGUGGUGCGGUUUCUUUGCUAGUUACACAAGUAUAUUUAAAGGCAAACACUUGCGUGCGGGUAUUUCUGUCUGAUGCCAGCAUCUUGUUUACUACUGUAAUUGAUCUCUAAGUAAUAAUGAAUCCACGGUAUUUACGCGACAAAAUCCACUUGUAAACAAACAAGAGGUUAGGGUAUUUGUGUGUCCGAGUUUAUCGCAAAGAUAGCGACGUAUCAACUGACCCUCUUAUACAGAUACCGCCCAAAAUUUGUACGUAAUAUUCAAAUCGAAAUAUAUACAUGCCAUAUACCCGAGUUGAAAGUUAUGUAUAAUUCCGGGAAAUCAUUCUAAGCACAGGAUACUCAUCUUAACUGUUAUAAACUGUGGACAUCGGAUGCUCGCCUUGAGAUCGUUUUGUCGCACACACUAGACUAGGUGAGGCAUACUCUUGGCGCGUACUGUAGCGACAACGGUUCAAAAAUUAAGAGAAAUGAAAGGACAAAAACAACACGAUUGUAGAAAAUAUAGACGCUUGAAACAUUAUGAAAUGAAUUAUUCGUAUUUAUACUAUCCUGUAAAACAAUAGAUCUACACAGAGAAUGCCACCAUGGACGGAAUUUCCUGGACUCUCACUGCUUUGGUGCUGUUUUUCUCCAUGUGUGAUUCACAAUUAAUUCCAGCUGCAGAUUGUCCAUUAAACUGGUAUUCCUUUGAAAACAACUGCUACAAGUUUAAUGUCUAUCCACUACGAACAUAUAAAGAGGCGGCUAUAGAAUGCGAGGCUCAAGGAGCCGGGCUGUUGAGCGUGAACACUGCCCAGGAACACAAUUUCAUCGAUACCACCCUGCAGCGGAUUGAUCGGGACAGAUCUUUGUGGUACACGAGUGGCCACAGAGAGCGCCGUCAUGUAAAAUGGAGUGGAGAUGGCACCGUGUCUACGAAUGACGUCACGUUUUGGGCAAGUCCUGAUGAUCUGAGCAGCAUCUCGAAUUUUAUUGUAUAUAAAUACUCUGUGACGCUUUUGAAAUACGCCUGGAGCACAAUAGACGGAGGGGCGCCUUACAAGUUUAUCUGUGAAAUUCCAAGGAGUGAAACUCAGCGCCUCCUCCAGGAGAACCGAGAUUUCACUUAUGGUUCAAAUAUCACAGAUCCUUCUUUAGCCCCGAAGGGACCCAGAUUUACCCUACAUCCAUUCAACGUCGUCCUUACAAAUAGGUCUUAUCUGCCAAGUAUUGAAUGCGAUGCCACUGGAAAUCCACAACCAAAGUACAAUUGGUACAAAACUGACGUCAGCGGAAGUACGAAGGUCAUCAGCAUGUCCGAUUUCUACACCAUCAGUAACGGAAAGCUGACGUUUAACCGGAUCGACGAGAGACGGGACGCGGGCACUUAUCAUUGCGAAGUUUCCAAUAUUUAUGGUUCAGUGCGCAGUGCUCCAGCAAAGGUCACCUUUGGAAGUUUGGCCCAGUUCCCUAAUGUGGCUCCAGGUAUUACCCGGGUGGCGCUGUACCAAGGAACAUAUCUGAAUUGUAAUCCACCCACACACACACCAGCCAUAUCUUAUCAUUGGAUGAAAGGAACGAGCUUUUUGAUCCAGGAAUUAAACAGCUAUUUCUUCCUCUCUGCGGAUGGAAAUCUUUAUUUUUCCGAAGUUCAGCAAAUCGACGAGGGGAAUUAUCACUGCAUUGUGUCGUUAACGGCGUCUCCAGGCGAUAGGCUAGCAACCAAUCAACCUCCAACUGAAACAAGCCUCAACAUUAGACUGGAUAUAUUAGGCGACACGGCGGCGCUGUACCCUCCCCAGAUCCACAACGACUUUCCGGCGGUGUUCCCAAAAUCUCCUAGGCUUGGGCAGACAGUUAAAAUAGAAUGCUUAGCGUAUGGAAGAAUACCUCUAAAAUAUAGCUGGAGAAAAUCCGGCGAUGUAGGGAUGCCAUCCAAGGCCUACACGCUCAACUUCGACCGUGUGUUGGUGAUCCCCAAUGUACAAUUUUCGGAUGAGGGAACAUACACAUGUCACGUGAAAGGUCGAACACAAUUUGAUUCCAAAGAUUUCUUGCUUACCAUUGGUGCAAAGCCGUAUUUUGUAUAUCCUUUAAAAGACCUCAUUGUUGAUGAAGAUAGUGAUGUCACGUGGCGCUGUGAAGGUAUCGCCAGUCCGCGAGCAACAUACGUGUGGUACAAGAACGCCCGACUAAUUACCGCGGGAACUGAUGGACUCGAGAUCUCGUCCAAUGUUUUGAGGAUCAGGAAUCUUCGAAAGAACCUUCACAAUGGAAUGUACAGUUGUCAAGCAAGCAACAUGUAUGGGGCUGCAGUGACCAGCGCGCAACUUAAAGUGCUCUCUUUUAAACCAUCCUUUGCUAAAAACCCUCUUCCAAAAGUGAUUAUGGCGGCAAACAACGGAAACCUUACUAUUCCAUGUAUACCGGAAGCAGCUCCCGUGCCCGCCAUCUCGUGGCUUCAAAAUGGCGCGAAAAUGAGCCUCACUGUAACUGAUGGUAACCAGAGAGGUCCUCAGCAGUUGACGAACGGGUAUCUUAAGAUCGUGGGGAUUAGUUUCGCUAAUAGAGGUCUGUACACAUGUGUGGCGGCGAACAAGAAUGGGGAAAGUAUGAGUACAGGAAAUGUGACAAUAGUUGGUGGCAUCUCGAUCGUAACACGGCUUCCUGGUGUUAUCCCAUCCAAUAGGAACGACACAGUUUUCAUUGAGUGUCAGGCAACAUACGAUGCCUCCCGAGUUGACCUUGUUUAUGUUUGGAGGUUCAACGGAAGAGUCAUAGACUUUUCACAGGACUUUUUGUAUGAAAAGAGUUCUAGAAUGGGAGUCCCUGGUCUCUUCAUCCACUUUAUAGACUACCACCACAGUGGGAAGUACGAAUGUGUUGCCAUGUCAACUAUUGCCCAAUCCUCUAUAUCUACAACAGUGUCUGUUCAAGGCCCACCAGGAAUGCCGGGAAAGGUGUACCGCAUUAAAGGAUCGGAAACAACUCGAUCAGUCACAAUUAAAUGGACAGUACCUCCGAAUCAUGGACCCCAAGUGCAGGAGUACAACAUCGAGGCGCUGACGUCAGCAAAUCCAACAUGGAGGCCACUAGCAAUGAAUUUAUCAGAUUUCGAAGUUUUGAUUGAUGGAAAUGUUGCUGCGGACAAAAGACAGUACACAAUCUCUGGUCUGGUUCCCUUUAACAGUUACCAGUUCAGGGUGUAUGCACGCAAUAGAUUUCCCCAACCCGGAGAGUACAGCAGGCCAUCUGAGUACAUUCAACUGAAGGGGGACAGACCUGUAAAUGCUGUACAAAACGUAGGGGGAGGGGGUGGAAGUGUCGGUGUGCUGACGAUUUCAUGGACGUUAUUAUCAAAGGAAGAUAGAUGUGGACCCAACGUCGGUUAUAUUGUGUACUGGAGAAAAAAUGGAACCACAUACGAAUUUGAUGAGAAAAGAGUGUUGGAGACGGACUACAUCUUUACUAAAAUGGUUUCUGGUAACAACGUAUCUUACACAGUAAAUCUACACAACGAUGAGUUAUUUUACUUGCCAUAUGAAGUGAAAGUUGGUGUGUUCAAUAAAUAUGGUGACGGGCCAAACAGUACGUCUACCACUGUCUAUUCCUCGGAGGGAAUACCCUUACUUCGCCCAACAAACGUCAACGGUUGGGAGAUCAAUUCCACUGCAUUGUGGGUAACUUGGGAUCCAAUGCCAAACACCAGAAAGGCGAUCAAAGGGGUCAUUCGAGGCUUUGAGAUUAAUGUUGAGGAUGCCAAUGACCCAAACAGGAAGGGCGUGACAGCAUAUCAUUAUGGAUAUAUGACCGGAAACAACGUCAUAGGCCUGGAACCGAAUACAGAUUAUUGGGUGACCGUCCAGGUGUUCAACACGGCUGGAGAGAGUAAUCCCAGCGAAAAGCAGCUUCUGGGCACCUGUCUAAAUCCACCAUUACUAUAUCCGGAAUUUGUGAACAUUCGAUCUCACGGAGCAGACAGUGUGUACGUAGAAUGGAGAGGUGUGUCCACGGGACUGUUCGAGGAAACUCUGAGGGGGUACAAGAUACGAUGGUGGCUUCUUGGAGAAAACAUCAAAUCCGCUAAUGACACUGUUGUUGGCAAGGAAACAUAUGGGGUGGUAUAUGGAAUAUCCAAAGGAUAUGUUUAUGCCCUCCGCGUUCUGGGAUUUAGCAAAGGAGGGGACGGCAAAAUGAGUCCCACGCAGUAUUUUACACUAGGAGGCAGAGUGCCCGUGGACUCUAGAAUUUCCGUCGUGAAAUUGGCUGCCUCUUCCACAAGCCCAUCACUCUUCGUCGUCAGUUUACUUUGCCUCAUUCAAUUAUUGUUACCGUAAUCGCCUUCUAAGAACCUUGACAUGAUACCAAAAGAUCCAGAAAUCCGCAGUCAUCCAUCCAACAUUCCCCAUUUAUUUGCCGUUGUAUAUAUACAUAAUUUUUUUUGUACGCUGUGACUUAAUAUUUUUAUAUGUAUCUUUUAUUCAAUUUCUAGUUUACAAUAUUGCAAAUGAUUGUCCCGUUAAAAAUACUGAAAUAAACAACUUUGAUUUGUC